CCCUUCGUCAUGACCUUUGACACUCAUUUCCCCAGUUGAAGUGUGUGAUUGCUGUCCUUCCACUGAUGAUGACAUGCCGGCAUGCUGUCGGAUAAAGAAAAGCGGUGCUUUGCAGAACUGUUGCAGCUCAUCCCUCAAGACCAACUCUUGUCACUGAAGGACACGGUAACGAACAGGGCCAUAGAAGUGCGAAGCAGAAAUGAGGCUGUCCGUGCCAUUGUGUCCUACUCAGAGUCACCAGAACAACUCCUGAAGAGAAGGAAGAUCAAGAGAGACUUACUGUUCCAGUACCUUGCCAGGAAUAAUGUCAUCAUCACACCAACCGCAAGCAAGACAGACCUGAUCCAGAGAGUACUGCAGUUCUGGGGGAUUGAGGUGGCCAGAAAUGUGCAAUGGGAGGAUGAGGAGGACAAAAGGGUAUCUGCACAAGUCAAACCUAAAGACGAGAUUCAGCUGCUAGCAGAACAGUUCUGUACCUGGUUCUUCAACCUUCUCAACUCCCAUCAUCCUUUGAAGAACAGCCCUGUGGAAGGGUGGGGUCCUCAGCACUUCUGGGCCGACACCCAGCUCAAGAUGGAGUACCACACCCCUGAUCUGCACCAGGAACAGUACCAAGGGGCUGACCUGGUCAGCCAGAGACUUCUGGCCAUCGUAAGGGAUGACCUGCUGAUAUUCAACCCCAACAUAGCAGCUGACGGUGUGAAGGGAAAGAAAGAUCCACACGGUUUGGUGGCAGUCUUGGUUUGUGGUACAGUGCAUCGACAAGAGAGAUGCCUAGGCAUGUUCGAACAGUGCUUCUGUCUUGUCAGCGAUCCAGACAAGCACAACAACUACAAGAUCAAGUCUACAAACUUGAGGAUUCGUGGGAGGGAAGUCAUGGGUAUUCCCAGACUUGAAGCUGGAAGUGAUGAGCUACUUCCAAUAACUGCUUAGUCUUAUGGAAUCUCACAUAAAUGUUAGUGAGACAUAACUGAUUUACAGUUUUGAUGUUUGUCUUUUCUGAGGCGUUGUUAUCAUUUAUUGAUAGGCUUUAAAGAUAGUGCAAAUUUGGCAACUUUGUGGCAUCUGUUGGCAUAACAGCCAUGUGUUUGGCCCAGAACCCAAGAGGUCCUGGGUCUGAAUUCUGUCAUGUCACCUAUCUUGUGCCCUCGGGAUAGACACUUUGCAUGACUUUCCUCAGGUAAAAAUGAGUACCGAACUUUGGUUGGGGCCCUCCCUUUGAUAGAACGUUUAAUAGAGAAAUCUUUAUUGACGCGACAAAAGUACAGCGACUUUCGUAAGGUCUUACAUGUAUAACAACUACUUACAGUACAGCUAAACGGACAUAUAUGGAUAUCUAUAGGUAUGAAUGUACGUUAAAUGUAAGUUAAAUGUAGGUCAUGUGUUUGUGGAAAGCCUGACCACAAACAAGAAACCAUCACACUUAUUGAAAAGAGUAUAUGUCUAGAGCUCUCAGACUGAUUGGUUUUUAAGCAAGUAAUAAGAUAAAAGAAAUUGGAUGCUACCAACAACUUUUGCAGUCUACAUGUCGUAGUAUUUCUGCAAUUGUGAAAUUCAUGUGUGCAUAAAUUAAGUUGUUACAGCUGUCAGGACUUUUUUUUUGCUAGAUGCAAAUUGCUACUGUUUGUUAGUUGUUAUUGUUACCCUACAAUAGAGACAAUACAUUGAUCUUCAGUCAGUAUUUGUUUUGUAUUACAGGUCAGUUUCAAUUUAUUGUCAGUGUAUUUGGAAUUCUGUCAGUUGGUACUGUUGUAUAUUUUUAUGUACUUCUAAAGAAGGCUAUAAGAAGAAUUUUCAGACAAAGAUGUUUUCUUUAAUCCUGAUGAUAUUUGUCAUUCAGCAAUUAUUUUGUUAUCUACAAGUUACUUAUGUAGAAGAAAGUUAUUCUUUUCAAAGAGUUUGAAAUAUGAGUUUUCUUCAUCUACAAGACACAUACAGGAGUUGGCGCUUUAAUGUAAGUUUACAGUGGAAUUCGAUCACAUUGGUUCCAUCUGUAAUUUCUAUACAUUCAAGUAGUUACAAUGUAGUCUACAUAAUGUACAGAUCUGUGGUGACCAAUGUAAGUCAAGUGGUGCUGGGGAGGUACAUGGAUAUUGAAGUGUAAUAAUACCAGAUUAAUUCCUCUAUAAUAGCAACAAAUAAUUAAGGAACAUCAAGUCAGAAGAAAAGAAGUGCUUUUAUUUUGCACCACCAAUGGUACAAUACAUAAAACAAAGGAGUACAAAAUUUGACCAAGGAGCUUUCAUCCAGCUGACAGCAUGUAUGUACUCAAAUGAUAAUACAAUGUAUUUCCAUAGUCCCAAUUCUCAUCAAUAUAGCUUGCUACAAAGUAAUCUUAG